AUGAUGACCGACUACACGACCGUGAUCGCCAUGCACGGAAGCGCGACGAGGCUCCACCGCCACACUGGCCACUCCCUCUUCGGUCCCGCGUUGCAGGCGCACCCUGAUGGCUCCGUGUUGAGGAGGGCGAUCGCUUCCCCCCGCCCGUUCGACCUCAAACGCGCUGGCGUGCUGAUGAGGGCGAGUGCGUUCCGCUGCCCCUUCGUCUGCGCCAUCGCACCGACCGCCGGCAUCUUAAUCGGCCAACCCCCUGAAAGGCGGCGGCGUGCCAGCUCGCGCGCGUCCGGGCGCGGGCGAAGGUUGGGAUGCGGGAGCUCCACGUGCAGGAUGCCUUGA